GAGCCGCCGCUCGCCAUAUUGUGCUGCGGGGGCUGCGGCGGCACCGCCGGCCACGGACCGAGGCGGCACCGGCGGGCGCCAUGUCUCAGGCCGUGCAGACCAACGGGACACAGCCUCUGAGCAAGACCUGGGAGCUCAGUCUGUACGAGCUGCAGAGAACACCCCAGGAAGCCAUCACAGAUGGCCUGGAGAUCGUGGUGUCCCCCCGGAGCCUGCACAGCGAGCUCAUGUGUCCCAUCUGCCUGGACAUGCUCAAGAACACCAUGACCACCAAGGAGUGUCUGCAUCGCUUCUGCGCCGACUGCAUCAUCACUGCCCUCAGGAGCGGGAACAAAGAAUGUCCCACAUGUCGCAAAAAGCUGGUUUCCAAAAGAUCCCUGCGGCCAGACCCCAAUUUCGACGCUCUCAUCAGUAAGAUUUACCCCAGCCGGGAUGAGUACGAGGCUCAUCAGGAGAGGGUGCUGGCCAGGAUCAGCAAGCACAACAACCAGCAAGCCCUCAGUCACAGCAUCGAGGAGGGAUUAAAGAUUCAGGCUAUGAACAGGUUGCAGCGUGGCAAGAAGCAGCAGAUUGAGAAUGGCAGCGGGGCCGAGGACAACGGUGACAGCUCCCACUGCAGCAACGCCUCCACACACAGCAACCAAGAAGCUGGGCCCAGCAACAAGAGGACCAAAACCUCAGAUGACUCUGGGCUGGAGUUGGAUAACAACAACACCACUGUGGCCAUAGAUCCCGUGAUGGAUGGGGCCAGUGAGAUCGAGCUGGUGUUCAGGCCUCACCCCACCCUCAUGGAGAAUGAUGACAGCGCACAGACAAGGUACAUCAAGACCUCGGGCAAUGCCACGGUUGAUCACCUGUCCAAGUACCUGGCAGUGAGGCUGGCCUUGGAGGAGCUGCGGAGCAAAGGCGAGUCCAACCAGAUGAACCUGGACACGGCCAGUGAGAAGCAGUACACCAUCUACAUCGCCACUGCCGCCGGCCAGUUCACCGUGCUAAAUGGGUCCUUUUCCCUGGAACUGGUCAGUGAGAAGUACUGGAAAGUGAACAAACCCAUGGAACUGUACUAUGCCCCCACCAAGGAGCACAAAUAAGUGCUGGGAAACUGGGAUAGAACUACUCUUUUUAUAGCUAUGACUUCUUUAAUAUUAAAAUAAGGCACCACCAGUAUCUUCAUGGACAGCACACGUGGUGCCUUCAGGCACUCUACUCAGUAAUAUGACUAGACAGUAUUCUGGGCUGUAUUUAAUUUAGUCUUUGGGUUGGGUUUUUUGAUUUUUCCCUAGGAGACUAAAUGACCUCCAGUGCAUUCCAGUGUUUGAGAUGCUUUUUUGUUCCUAAUGCAUGAUAUCUGAUCCAGUGUUCCAGUUUGGAAUGGCUUCGUUUUGUCCAGGUAAAUCUGGAUUUCUGCUCCAUCAGACACAGUUAUAGUAGCCUCUGUGAAGUGUGGAGUGUUGGCUGGCCAAGGAAGUCUGUUCAGUAGUAGCAUAUGCCAAGGAAUGUGUUAAAUGUUGGAAUUUGGUGAUUGUUAUCCAUCUGAAGAAUUGAUUAAUAGAGAAUGGAUUUGGAAUAGUCUUGCAGCUAGAGGUAAUCUGAUUCCCUAGGAAAGGUUCAUUAAGACAUUUUCAUGUGAACAAAGGUGAAUUUUGCAUCUUGUGAGAGGUAUUGCUGCCCAUGGCAGGGGCUUGGACCAAGAUGGUGUUUAAGAUUCAUUCCAAGUCCAACCAUCCUGGGAUUCUGGGAUUCCAAAGAGAGCUGCAGUGAGAAAACUGACACUUUAAAACCUUGCUGUUUACUGGGCUUAAUUUAAUACUUCAGUGCAAAGUGUUUCAUCUGAUUGGUUUGGUUUUGUUUUUAAUGGCUAUUUCAGUCAAAAAACACCCAAACACCCCAAACCCAUAACUCUUCCCCACGCAGGACAUGCCAGUCUUGAUUCCUACCUGGCCCUUCCUGCAAUGUUGCCCUGUCCUCACAGCUGAACUGAAGGAAAUCUGGAUGUUUCAUAGCCCUGCUCUUUUCCCUAGAGUAGGAUCUCUGUUGUGAAUGUGCUGUAAAGAACUGUCCAGAAAACUUUUUUGUUUAGGCAAAUCCCCCAAAUUCCAGCACACAGCCACCAAAAUGCUUUGCUUUGGGGAAUUGUGCCACCCCAGCAGGGACCUUUCCCAGUGUCAGUGUGAGUAGGGAAGACUUCAGUUGUAAGCUGCUCCAAGAUUCUACUUUUGUUACUUUGCCGUAGCUUUAACAAACAUGGCUUAGCACUUUGGAAGACAACUUCAGUACUUGACAAAGUUUACCAUUUAGUGUCUUACUUUUAGACUCAAGUUUCCCAGUGUGGCAGUGGGCUGUGCUGUAAGGCCCCGUAGCUGCUGAUCAUUUGCAUGUACAGCCCCUGUACCCUGGUUCUGGACCUUGCCGUGGCUCUGAGGGGGCAGCUUGACCUGUCUGAAGGGAAGCUGUCACCACGAGGUUCCCUUUGCCCUAAGACUUGCUGAUGAAACCUCCCCUGUUUGCCCCUGAGGCUCGAAGCAAGAGUUGGUGGCAGGUGGGAAGCACCAGGCUUUACUCCACAGUGUGUGGUUUACACUCCUCCUGUGUCCUGCCUGGACUCCCACUGGCUUUGGCAUGUGAUACAAAAGUAUUCUGCUGCUCGGGGAUUCUCCUGGGAAGGACUUGCCCUUCCCUGGCUCUGGGCUUUCCUAGCACUUGUAAAUAGUGUCCCUGCUGGCUGCUGUUCAGAUCAGCUUUAUCCGGCUGUGGAAACUGCACAGGCUUCUUUGAGUAACUUAAUUAUUUCCUCUGACUGGAGAGCCUUGGGCUUCUGUGACAUGAAGAGUUCAGGACCCCAGAGCACAGAGGGGCAGCUAUUAGGGACCUGUUUUUGCUGACUUUGUGAAGCGUUGCUGUAUAGACUGUAGUGCAUGUCCAUGGACUAUAAUGGGGGGUGGGGGAGUGGCUGUGCUAAAUGCUUUAAAGUUACUGGGGAGAACUUCUAGAUUAGUGCCAGCAUCCCUCCUGGGGGAGCUGAGGGGAGGGACAGUCCCUUAAGCAAGAGAGGUGUUGUGAAGCUGAGCAGUCUGUCUAGGAGCUGUCACUUUGUCUCCAGUUCUUUUGAAAAGCGUGAGAGAAUGUGAAGCUUUUAUUUUUCAUGUUGUAGUGAAUUUCCUGAAUAUUUAUGUUCUUUAAAUAUUAUAUAUAUAAUGUAGUUGUUUGAUUAAACCAUUGAUUGCACUGUGACUCUUUAGUGCUAUAAACUAUUUUAUUUUCAAAAUGCCAUUCUUCCCCUUUUUAAAGCCAUGUUCUUUUGUAAGUACGUAAUGUGUGUUACGUACGGGUAAGCCUAAUAUCCAACUAAAGUAUCUCCUAUACAGCUAAAGACCCACUGAAAUGCUCAAAUUGACAAUAAAAGCAAAAAUGUUAUCAACAACCUGUUGGGAAUUGCAGUGCUGCUUCCUCUUCUGGUUGAUGAAGAACCCCCCUUUGGGCAGUGUUUUUGUUCGUGCUGCCACGCCUGGGGCUGUGCAGGUGCAGCUCAGCUCCACCAGUGGUGGCUGUCACAGUCCCCUGAGAGCAGCUCAGCUCCUGAGCCUUGAGUGAGAAAAAGGGGCACACAGAAGGUAUCAGCUCUUCCACUGACCUGUCACAGGUGCUGCUGUUUCAACCAGAUCCUGCAGCCUGAGGAAGGGGAUGAAGGAUUUUCACAGCACUCAGGUUAAGCCCAGCAGCUUUGGGUGCACUUAACUAGUAGGCAGCUUCAGUCAAUAGACCAACUGUAAUGAACCCCUUCAGCUGAGGUGCAGUAUUUAGAGACACCAAGUUUUGUUUCUUUUGUUUUCUCUCUACAUUCACCACAACUUUUAACCAGAGGCUGCACCUUGAGUUAAGAGGCAAUGCUUGAGUAUGCCCAGUUUAGGGUUUCUUGAGAUGCACUGAAAAUGAACAGUCCCUGACUGAAGUAAUCCUGCUGCUCCCUGUGCCAUCACUGGUUACCCAAAUUACCUUUUAAUAGCUUCAAACUCCCAGAAAGCUUCCUGGCCAUGUGGAUCUGUGCAAGGAGGAAUAAGAUGUCCCAAGCUCCAGACUCAACCUGCAGUAAUGUUCUGUCAGCUGAUUAUGGCAGGGCUGACCCUACCUGGUCAACAGCAGCCACAACUGCUGGAUAGGAAAAGAAUUUCCAGAGGCCUGAGUUCAAACACCCCUUCAGCUGGUCCCUGACAACAGGCAAAACCCCACCCCACGUUACAACAGCUUUUGCCUGUCUGGCAGAGGAAAAGAGCCAGACUGUAGAGACAAGUCUGAGUUCCACUUUCACUGCCCUUCCAGACGCCUGGGAAUAGUUGCCUUGGCUUGGAAAAGGAAUUCAAUACCUCUGGCUCCUUAAAAGGAGCUGCAAGAGUAAUCAAAAGUAUUUCCCGCAAGGGGCUUCAGUUCAACUUUCUUUUUGGCCUAAUUUACUGUAAUCAGAACAAUUCUUUGCCACAGGUAACUGACUUUGGGACUGCUUUUAUCCUACUAACACUGAAGUGUGUUACCUGCAAGCAACAUCUGCCAACGCUAUCCACUUAAAAACCCAAAAGUGCCACUAGGGAAUGUGAAAUUCUCCUUUCAUUUAGCUUUCCAAUGUGCUCCCAGGUGAUCUUUGGAAAAGAACUUGUAAGCACUACAAUUUUGAAGGAAACAUUGCUGUAUAACUGAUUUAAGAACCCUUCAGUAGGUUCUUCCUCUUUGAAACUAGAGAAGAGAAUAACUCUCCACCAAAGCAAUCUGGAAUUGAAGAGAGUAGAAGAGGCAGCAACUUCUGUCUGGCCUGACAGGAGCAUAGGAUGUUUUGCAUCAUCAGGAGUGUAUUAGUACUGUUACUUCUAUUGUAAAGUUUCAGAGAUGGGUAAGGAUAAUAAC